UCGGUUCAGAAGGUGUUCGAUGUUGGACGUGUGCGCUUGAUCGGGACACAACGCUUGGCAGUAGUAACUUAUUGAUCUCAACGGUGCUUUGUCGUUUUUCUCUUGGCUGUCACGUAUACGUACAGUCGGUUCUUCAGAGUGUGAGUGAUCGCUGGCUGACCGCGCCUUAAACGCGUCGAGCGUUGCUUCUGAAAAGUCUGUUUAAUAAUCACCAAACUGCCAUGGCGAAUGUGUAAUAAAACCCCUAGCGAAGUAAUUAAUUAAAGGAAAAGCAAACCAAACUUAACAACAACGAAAAGUGAUCCGAAAACAAUGCACAAAUGAAGCUGCAACGUCAUAAAAGCCACUGCCAACGAAAAAGCCAGCCCCACAGGGAUCCAAAAUGGGCCAGCAUAUGUUUAUGGGCGGUCGUAGCGCUGAUUUCCUCGACCCACUUGGCGCGGGGCCAGGAAGGUCCCCAAGCCGUCGACUCCAAGGAGGUGGAACUGCUGCAGGAUAAUGACAUCGAGUUCGCCAGUCUCGAUGGCGCCACCCAGAUACUGCCAGCUACCCGACAUUCUGGCGCAGACGUCACGGUGGCGCCGCAGAGCUCCACCUCCCCGCUGACGUCAUCGGCCUCAUACACCGAGCUGCAAGGCGGGGAAAUCCUCAGCGACCGAAUCCUGCGGCGCAGCGAGAGUCCUUACCUGGCGCGCGAGGACCUCGAGGUGCUGCGAGGCGCCCGACUGACCAUCGAACCGGGCGUCACCAUCGAGUUCGCCCCCACCAAAGGCCUCAAAGUCAGCGGCGUCCUGCAGGCGGUGGGCACACCCACUUCCAGAAUUGUGCUAAAAUCCCAGAGUAACACGGCCAACUACAAGUUGGAGCUGCCCGACGACCAGGAGAAGGGCAUUCGCCUAGUGGAUGGACCCACUCCAGUGGAGGGAAGACUGCAGCUCUUCCACAAGGGAGCUUGGCGAUCCGUGUGCUCCAACUCCAGAAAUUGGACACUGGCGGAUUAUGGAGUGGCCUGCAAGCAGCUGGGCUUCAGGGGCGGUCGGUUCUGGAACUGGGUGGAACGAACCGCAGGGUACUACCCCCGGCUCCUUUACGAACAGCCCAAGUGCAAGGGUGGCGAGAGCAAUCUCCAGGAUUGCGCUUGGACCUCCCGCCAAAUGGGAGCCGGUGCCUGUGAUUACCACAAUGAUCUGGGUAUCCAAUGUCUGCCCGUACAUUCCGAAACUCUGGGCCACUGGCGAGGCAUAUAUUUCGACAACGCCCCAUCCACGAAGGCCCUGGGCAGAGACAACAUAGUUUAUGCGGCCCAGUCGGAGUCCCGGUUGAAAUACGUGGACAUCAUAAGGGCAGGAAACGGCGCGGGAUUCAGUGCCAAGUCGGCAGUGGAAGUCCAGGGACUACCUCCCCAGAUGGAGCAUGUGGUGAUCAGCCACUCGGCCUACACGGGAUUUAACAGCACGCGGCCCUCGGCCGGAUUCCAGUUGCAAAAUGUCACGGUUAGGAAAUGCAAUGGCAUCGGAGUCUUCGUCAACUCGAGUCAGGGGGCAGUGCAAAUGGACGGCUGCUCCAUAGUGGAUAAUGCCGGAGACGGGGUCAAGUACGUGGGGCACGACUUGAGGGGAACGGAGCGGAAGGAUCGCGCCAGCAUCUAUGACUUCUGCACCUUACCCACCACGUCGGGCCAGACCUACCCCAUCUCGCUGUCGUUCACCCAGAAGUAUUACGCGGGAUCUGGCAAGGAGUGCGGCAAGUACUUCUUCACCAGACCGGGCUACCUACUGACCCUGCACUUCGAGAAUUUCGUUCUGAUGCAGAACGAAACGGCCACCGUGGAAAUCUACGAUGGGGCCUCCACAAACGACCGCUUGCUGUUCGAAUGGAAGGCCAGGAACUUCACGAGACCCCAAAGUGUCACCUCGACGAGGGAGAAAAUGUUUGUGAGGAUCCGGGCGGAUGCCAGGCAGGAGCUGAAUGGCUUCUUCCGCAUGACUUCCGGUGAUUCGGUGGCCUAUGACCUCAGGGUGUCCCAGUCCACCGUGGAGGACAACGGAGGUCGCGGCGUGGCCAUUGAUAACAUAAGAUCCAAGCUCCAUGUGCACGGUAGCUCCGUCUCCGGAAAUGGUCAUGUGGCCGGGGUUCAUGUGACGAGUGGAGCCGGGGAUGUCAACAUCACCAGCUCCAACAUAAGUUUCAACAACGGCGCAGGCGUGAACAUCACCUAUUACGGCGGCAACCGAAACAUCUCCAGGUCAGCUUUGACUGCCAACAAAGGAUAUGGCGUAGCCACCUGGCUGAACCAGACAGCCGACGUGGACCGAAUGGAGUACAUUCCCUUCAACCAAACCAGCGUGGUGGAGUACUCACAGAUCGGUGGAAAUCUGGAGACUGGAGUGUUCCACGGCAACUUCUGCCGACCCAUUUGGGUGAACAUCACAGGAAACAGUUUCAACGGCAGCCAGCAGAACGAUAUAUUCAUUGAAUCCUGCUACCAGGCCACCGCCAAUGGACGCCCCAACAUGCAGCUCCAGCUGGGACACAAUCAGUUCAAGUACUCCCAGGCCAACUCCAUUCACCUAAGCCCGGCCUUGAAUCUCCAGGGCAGGAUUGAGUACAACAUGUUCCGCUAUGGCUCCUAUGGCUGCUUGUUCAUCAACAACGACUAUAUAUACCCCGAGUUUAACUACUUCCCCGUGAAGCUGAUCAUACAGAGCAACUACUUCAUGAGGAACAGUGGAGUGCACGUGGUUUCCCUGGCCCUAUCGCCCUACAGUAGAGCCGAAGUGCAGUACAUACUAUUUACGCGGAACUUUGUGAGGGGCAACAACAUCACCGAAGCCUUUGGUCCUUUGAUAGCUGGCUCCGAGGGAAGUGAUGGCGCCGGUCGCCUCAAUCCCAGAUCCCGAGUGGCAGCACCCGUGGUCGUGGGCUCGAGCAACGUAGAUAUCUUCCGGAACAUCCUGCACAAUCUGGACUCCAUGUACGAAAUCGGCUCCCAACUCACCGACCAGAGUAAGAUUAUCAACGCCACUUGCAACUGGCUGGGCCACACGGAUGAGAACAAGAUCUACGCCCGGCUGUUCCACCGCAACGAUCGUUACAAUCUGGCCAAGAUUAGCUACAUACCGUACCUACUGCACAGCUCGAACCCUGGUUCCACAGCCAUGAUCACGGUUUCCACGGUGGUUCCCCGGUUUUUCCACGAGGGGAGUGAUGUCAUUGGUGGCGAAGUGGAUGGCCAGGACAUGGUUCCGGCUGGAACGUACACGGUUACUAAGGACAUCAAUAUCAGACCCGGUGGCAAGCUCAUACUCCAGCCCGGCACCACGCUCAAAUUCGAGCCCAGCGUGGGAAUGAUGGUGGCGGGAAAGUUGGAAGCCAGGGGACGCCGACCCGAUGAUAUACUGUUCACCCUGAAACGAGAAACGAUCAUUGGCGAGCAUAAUGACACGGAGACCAUCGACUUGGACAGCGAAACGGAGGCCAUAGACAUGGAAACGGAGGCAAUACCCUCGGAUGGAGUGCCCCGAGUUCCGGUGCGACUGGUUGGUGGGGCGGGUGCCAAUGAGGGAAGACUCCAGGUGUAUCUAAAGGGACGAUGGGGUACUGUUUGCGACUACGGCUGGAAUGUCCUGAAUGCGGCCUUGGUGUGCCACCAACUAGGCUACUCCCUGAACCCCCAGGACUGGCGAUUACUCCGCUCGCAGCUACCAAAUGCCGGCACCUCCGAGGACAUUUUGGUGGCCAAUGUCAGGUGCACGCUGCAGGAUCGCGAUGUCACCAAGUGCAGGGCUGAGUACGAGUUCGAAAACACCUGCAGUCAUGAGAACGACGUAGGUCUCCGGUGCUACGAGGGUGCCUGGGCCGGUGUGCGGUUCAGCAUGUUGGCCGAAAGAGCUGAUCUGCAAUACGUAACCGUGGAGAAGGCCGGGCUCUUUGACUACACCACCAAUGCCUUCAAGCCCGCCGUCCAAAUGGAUCACGCGCGGCACAACCUGGAAAACGUGAGAGUAGUGAACAACCUGCAAGAUGGCUUGGGCAUUGUGUACUCCGAUAUCUAUGCCGGAAAGUCCGUGAAUAACAUCAAGAACUCGGAGUUCUCCGGCAAUAGAGGUAGUGGCAUUAGCCUCAAGCAACUGGACUUUAGGAUCUCGGGAUCGAUCAUCAAGGACAACAAGGGCAGUGGCAUUUCGCACGACGCCGUGAUCUCCGCCUUGGAUCAAAAGGAAAUCGGCGGAUGGUUCAACAUGGCCACAGACUUUAACUCCUUUGACACCGACUACGAUCCCUAUAUUUUGCCACAUGAAAUAAGCAAUAUAGAUCUGGGAACCUUUGAGCACAAGUACAUACGGACUGAAGAGAUCCUCGGCCAAACUAUCAACAGGAAAAUAGUGGUUCAGUGUCCAGCUGGCUAUGUCAUAGGUAUUCAGCUCCUGAAUCCCAUUCACAACCUGUCCACGGAAAGCAUAAACAUCCUGAAUGCCAGGACAGAAAACAUAAGGAGUGACCUGUGGCAAGUCAAGAGGGAUUUAAAUGUGUUCCCGGUCACCAGCAGCAGUUAUGGCAUUAUCAUUUACUACGAAAGCGGCUUGCAGGCCUUAGGAGGAGCUGUUCUCAUGCUGAGUACAGUCACCGCUCCAGUUCAAAACAUAAGGAACCGCAUAGUCAGCGGAGCAGUGCCCACACUGACGAUCCGAUCAACGAAGAUACAAAAGAAUCUGCGAGGUAUAACGGGCAUCUAUUACAAUCGCUACCUAGGCGACAACGGGGAGUACUACUUGAGGAAAGCCAACGAAUCAAUCAAGUUGAUCAACUCCGAGUUGAGCUACAACGAAAGAGAAGCUGUACUUAUAAGGUCGCCGUUCUGGGACGUGAUCUCCAGUAAUUUGUCAGAGACAACCCUGCACAUCAACAGUUCGCUGAUCACCCAAAAUGGCCAUGGAAUACGGCAAAUGUCAAAGGAUCUGCGCUCAUCCAACAAUCUGUUCCACUACGUUAUUCAGGACACCACGGUGGAGCAGAACACUCAUGGUGGUUUCCAGGUGGCUUUACCGUAUGUCUGGCAAUACAACGAGAACUUUACGCACUCCAUUUACUUUGGCAACAGCACCUGGCAGAGGAAUCGCGACUUCCGCAUUUCCGUUUCCGGCCACUAUACGGUUUUCAAUAUAACCUCCAACGUCUUUAGGGAGAAUAAUUGUCCUGGAGCUCUGAUAGCUCUCGACGGCAUGGAAAAGCGACUGCGCUUCGACAACAACCGCUUCGAGUCGAAUAAUGCCAAGUUUGUGCUGCUCUUCAAUGCGGACUCCCUCAGCGAAAUCAUCGGCCAAGUACCCGCCAGUAUUGAAUUCAACAGUUUCAAGGGAAAUAAUAUUGUCACCAUGACGGCAAACUACCGAAACCACUACAUGAAAGCUGCGAGGAGAAUAAAGAAGCAACACAAACUGCCUACCGCAGUGAUCCGAUUGGAUGGUGUCCAGAAUGUCCGGCUGUACCGCAAUUUGAUAUCCGAUAACGAAAUGGACUACAACCUGGUGGCAGGUGUGAGAUCGGCCCGAUUGAAUAACUACUUUGAGGCCAGGGAGAAUUGGUGGGGCACCAAGGACACCGCCUUCAUAGAGGCCAAGAUCUUCGACUUCGACAAUUGGAACGACCACGCGGAUGUCAUAUACCAACCUUUCCUCAUCGAAGACAGCUACGAUGCCAGUGUUUCGGUGGUGGUGCCCUUCAACCAGGACCAGGAGAUAGAUCUGUCCACCUAUAGAGGUGGCCGGGUGUACAAGGACUUGGCAUUGACGAAGCAGAGCACUCCCUACUAUAUACACUCUGACAUCACGGUGAUGCCCGGCAAAACGUUGACCAUCAACCACGGGGUCACCAUGGAGUUCGAGCCGAACGUGGGCAUACUGGUGUUGGGCACCCUGGUGGCCAUCGGGUAUAAGGAGUCGCCCAUCGUGAUGAGACCCUUUAGAAAUGCCACACGGGAGUCGCUGACUGAUGCUCAGCCUAAGAAGCGUGCUCUGGAGGACAUGAGUGCUCCUCUGACGGAGUUCGACUCGAUAAGGCUGUGCACCAGUGCCAAUAACUGCACGGGCGAUGCCGACGGAAUGUUUGGACUGAACGAGGGAUUCCUGGAGUACUUCAACCACACCACGCUCCAGUGGGUGCCCAUUUGCGAUAGCAGAUUCACGGAGCGAAAUGCCCAGGUGGUGUGCCGCGAACUGGGCUAUGACCCGCUGAAUGUUUACUAUGGCCACGACCGCAGGAUAGAGUUCCACACGAACUCCCUGACCCGAAUUUGGUCUUGGGUUCAGCCACUGGAGUGCCGGGGUGACGAGGAGAGAAUGGAGGACUGUGCCGAGCGGUUGAAUGGCCAACUCUAUGGGCAUCGCCACGAAUGCCGCUGGGACGACGUCUUCGUGUUUGUCAGCUGCAACAGCAUCGCCGACGAUGAGGUCUAUUGGGGUGGCAUUCGGUUCGCCAACUCCAAGUUCGAGGAAAUCCAGUACGAGCAUCGUUUGCAUAACACAAGGUCGCACGCCAGGCUGCCUCUGAGGGAAAGUCAGCUGGAGUAUGUGCGGAUUGAGCAGGCUGGCAUCCUGCACAACCACAAGGCGGCUGCCAUUCAAGCCAUUCACAAGAACCCGUCCAUAACGUCGGUGAGCAUUGAGAACUCGGCCAACCAUGGCAUAAACAUGAUAGCGCCCAGUGGCAAACUGAACCUGAACCACCUGAGCAUCAACAAAACACUGGGCACCGGGAUCAGCAUCGUGUCUUUGAGUGGCGAGGGCCGCGACAGCGAUGAGUCCAGUUUUUCGCCCCUGAAGAAAUUGGAUCUUCCGUACAAACUCUUCUCGCUGGUGGACAUUUGCGAUCCCCAGAAGGUGCUGACCAUCGAAGAGCGCAUGCUGAUCUACUACAAGUACGACAACAACCCCGUGAACUGUGUGAAGAUCUUCACCUCCGCUUUCCGCGCUAAGCCCAUUGGCUUCCGGUUGCUGCAGUCAAAUCUCUUCAAUCACUCCAAGCUGUACGGCAGAACCGACUUCAUAAAGCUCUACGACGGUGACAUCUACAACGUGACUGCCACCUACUUGGGUAAAAUCGAAUCUGACACGGACAAUCAAAGGUCGUUCUUCAAGACCAAGGGCCCAACGAUGAGUCUUCAGCUGGUGGCCAGUGGUGCUCCCGAAACUCAUGGUUUCAUAGCAGAGGUCGUCACGGUGCCCAUUUCCACAUUGGGCCAGUAUCGCGAUGCUUUGCACAACAUCACGGACUCCCAUAUCUCUGGCGCGAUGAAGGGGGCGGUAGCCUAUUCUUCUGCGGGUGAGGUCACGCCCACGCUGACCCUGAUAGGCAAUAGGAUAGAGAGGAAUUGCCGGCAACUGUAUGGCAACUUUUCCACCUGCACGUCGGCCUUGAAUUUGGAUGUGCAGAACAUGAACUCAUUGUACUUUAUGAACAACCUGAUCACAGAAAACCAAGGAGGCUUGAAGAUUCGAGCUGAUUCUCGGGGCUCUGCAACCUCACUUCGGGGCUUCGUGCACCACAAUCUCUUCAUGAGGAACCGCAACCGCCCCGCUCUCUACGUGGAAGGACGCCAGUCCUCGCCGUACCAGGAAGUGGAACUCUAUCGCAAUUACUUUGCCCAGAACAUGGCUGGCUACGAGGACGUGAUAAGACUAUGUCAGGUGGUAUCCAACUUCAGCUAUAACUACGUGCACAGCAAUGUGGGCGGCAGAAUCAUGGAGGUUUCCGGCUUCGAAAAGGUGCGGCUGCAGAUCUAUCAGACCACGGCUCACAAUGGUUUCUAUAGGAACUUUGCCACCAACUGGAUGACCAGGGCAACCAUUGUGGCCGGGACGGCGGGUCAGCAAUAUGUGGAUAAUAUUUUCGAGAACUACGAAAACGAUUACGAGCUGCUGACCGUCAAUAAUUCCAUUUUGAGCUUUGACUAUGAAAACAGGACCUUUGAAACCUGGAGCUCUAAGAUCGAUGCCCGUCACAAUUAUUGGAGCUACAACAACACUAUAUCGGUGCAGUCUCGCAUCAGAGAUAAAUCAGACGAUCCCAAGCUGUUGGAGGUCCUAGCCGUGCCCUUCCAGAUGAACAACGAGACCAUCCUGGACGGAAAAUGUCCCCCAGGUUGGGCCCUGGUCCAUGACACCUGCUUUAUCUAUGUGGGAGCUCCCAUGACAUUCCACGAAGCCCGAGACUUCUGUCGCUCGGAGAACUCCACCAUGCCUUUCAUACGCACCGAUAAGACAACGCUGUGGAAGUAUCUGCAGAGCCAGAUGAGGCACUUGAAGUACCCAGAUAAGGUGUGGAUCCAGGACUAUAAUCACAUCGAGCGCUGCACGAGCUUCGUGUUUGGAGAAGUCGAGCUGGAGGAUUGCGGCAAGGAGCGCGGUUUCAUAUGCGAAAUGGAUCCCAGGGUUAUCAUUGAUCCCUUAUCCUGGCGCGCAGACAUCUUUGCCAUCAGUAUUAUCUCAGCCUUCGUCCUUGCCAUUAUCCUGCUGAUCCUGGUGGCCUUCUGCUGGUUCGCCAAGUCAAAGCACCGCCAUGUCCAACGACUCCAGCGUAGGAACAGCAUUCGCCAAAGCUUGCGCAGCCUGAACAGCAUCGAUCCACAGGGUUCCCUUCGCCGCAGGCCCAAUUAUAACAUGUCCAGCAAUGGAACGUUGUCGAAGAGUCAGGACUACAAGCAGAUGGUGGCCAAUGGGUCCAUCGAUUCGAUGGACAAAAGUGUGCUCAGCUCGGAGGCUGGCAGCUUCGAGGGCUACGAGCAGAAGCCCCACUACAACGAGUAUGUGAAUCAGAACGCCCUGCGACCAGUGCAGCCGUCAGGCCAGGAUCACCAGAGUCACAAGGUGGCCACCAUUUCCAAGGCGAGUGGCCACCGGGCGAGAGCUGCCGCCGCGGCGGCGGCCGCCUUGGAGCCCGACGCCUUCGAGCUGAGCUACCGGAACGAGGGAUUCCGGGACAACUCCACCUACGGCGGCGGCACUCGAGCCAACUCCAUUAGCACCAGUGUGGCCGAGGACACGCCGAUCAUACACCACACCGACCAGGAGGUCGACGAGGGUGGCUCCGACUACUACGGCAACGCCAGCACCCUGCCCCUGCGCACCGAGGGCGGCGGUGGCAGCACCCCGGGCGGAAGGCGCGGCCAGCCGGGUCUGGCCUUCCUCAGCGAACUCAAGCAGAAUCUACCCGAGUACCAGAGGAGCUCGCACAGCAGCUUCAUGCCGCACCGCAGCAGCGGCGACUCACUGCCCUUCGAUCAAAAGCUCGACCAGUUCAACUACUCCACCGAGUCAUCACUGUACCGCCCAGCGCCCGCUGUCCCUGCCAGUAGUCAGCAGGCCACGCCGGCGGACAUGCGGCGUCCGGACUCAUACUACACUGCCGUGCGGAGUAGCAAGGCUCCAGUCUCCCACUACCGGACCCCGAGGCCCCUGGCCCAGCCGCCGGCCACCCCAAACGUGGCGCAUGGGCGACCCAAGACGGUCUACCAGACGGGGUCCGCGGAGUCCUCGCCGACGACGCCCUCACCGCUGACCAAUCCGUAUCAUCGCUCCAAGUCGGAGGCCCUGCUCGAGACGGACUUCGAUGGGGAUGGUGGAUCGGGGGGUCUGCAGCCCCUGCAAGCCAACGGGCGCAGCCACAGUCAGCCCCUGGAGACGGCCAUGUGAGGAGUCGUCAUCCAUUGCAUACUCCAAAUUAGCCCUCACCAUCCGCUCCUUGCGAGACUGACAAGAAUCUGAAUUACUCGCAACUACCCUUUGGGUAAAUCAAGCUAUUGAUCACAUCACUUGAAAGAGAAGACCCUAAGUUGUUCUUUUAGUUUCUAAGGCUUUAAAUACGUUUUUUGUCAGUUUCGUUGGGGUCACCACCACCACAGCUUCGUAGUUUUAGUUUGCCUUUAGAGUAUACUUUUUAAAAUCGAGAUUACGAUUGAGAGAGACCAAGAGAGACGAACACGCCCGCCCGUUGUUUUUGUGUGGUAAACUUAGAUCAUUCCAUCCAUUAGCCCUAAGAAUACGAUUAACUAUUGCCGGAUCGAACUAGUUUUAAGUUGUUGUAUAUAAACAGAAGAAUAAAUCAAAAUAAAAGUUUAAAAACA